AUCCCUUGGUCAGCAGCACUGGAGGGCCUGUGAUUGAUUCCUUUCAGUGCUUCUGUUGCAGGGUGUCGAAGGACUGCUGGGAAUCGAUUGUGAUUUUCAGAUUGCAAAACAAGGGACCAGCAGGCAUGCUGAACUUAAGAAGACGGAGACACAGCCUCUUCCCCAGCUAUAAGGUCGGUGUCCCAGUGCAAGUGGUCUAUGACCCCGACCUCUCCACCAAAAAUACUUGUAGGAAGCAAUGGAAUUCCAUGCAGGAAUUGAGCCGGGACUGCUACGAUCUUUAUGAUGAUGAGGAGGAUCAGGAUGAAGAUUGCAAACCUGCAGGAUCUUCCUGCGACUCCCCAUCCAAGAAUUACAUGCUAAAUAUCAAUGUAGGCGGGAAGGUCUACCAGAUCUCCCACAGGGUGGCAGCUAAGUAUCCAAAAACCAGGAUAGGGCGACUCGCCACCUAUACAGACCAUAACCAGAAGCUGGAUCUCUGCGAUGAUUACGUCAUGCAGAACAAUGAGUACUUCUUUGACAGGGACCCAGAUGUUUUUCACAGCAUAUUCAACUUCUAUCGAACCGGAGUGCUGUGGAUAAGAGAUGAGCUUUGCCCCAGGAACUUCCUGGAGGAGAUCAACUAUUGGGGGGUCCGGAUCAAAAACACUCACCGCUGCUGUCGCAUCUCCUUCGAGGAGAGGCAGGAUGAGAUUAACGAGCAGCUGAAGGUCCAGCGUGAGCUGCAGGCGGAGGUGGAGAUUGAGGAAAAUGAGGAGCUAUUCCGGGGGAUGUCAUUUGGUCACACUCGAAGGAUCAUCUGGAACCUGAUGGAAAAGCCCUUCUCCUCAAUAACAGCUAAGCUGAUGGCGGUAGCCUCCAGCUUCUUUGUUCUGGUCUCUCUGGUGGCCAUGACGCUGAACACAGUGGAGGAGAUGCAAUAUCAGACAGCGGCACGCCAGCCAAGCGGGCGAACCUACGGAGAGUACGUGGAAACCUUCUGCAUCGGUUUCUUCACCAUCGAGUUCCUGCUGCGACUGGUGUCCACACCCAACGUCAGUCGCUUUGCCCAGAGUGCGCUGAACGCAGUGGACCUGAUCGCCAUCCUUCCGCUGUACCUGCAGGUGGCCCUGGAGUGCUUUGAGAACGAAGACUAUGGGAGACACGACAGCGACAUCGAGAGGGUGGGCCGGGUGGGCAAGGUGGGCCAGGUGCUGCGAAUCAUGCGCCUCAUGCGCAUCUUCCGUAUCCUGAAACUAGCGCGGCACUCCACGGGCCUGCGCGCGUUCGGGUUCACGCUGCGCCAGUGCUACCAGCAGGUGGGCUGCCUCUUCCUCUUCAUCGCUAUGGGCAUCCUCACCUUCUCUGCCAUGGUCUACACGGUGGAGCACGACGUCCAUCACACCAACUUCACCAGCAUCCCCCAUGCCUGGUGGUGGGCAGCGGUCAGCAUCUCCACAGUGGGCUACGGGGACGUGUUUCCCGAGACCCCCCUGGGCCGGCUCUUUGCCUUCGCCUGCAUCUCCUUUGGUAUCAUCCUGAAUGGCAUGCCCAUCUCCAUCCUCUACAACAAGUUCUCGGACUACUACAACAAGCUUAAGUCCCACGAGUACACCUCGGUCUUGAAGAACCGCGGAAGAGUGCGGUUCACCAGAAGGGCAGCUAGGAAGAUGGCAGAGUAUUACGCAGAUCGCUGGCGUUAGCGCGUAGCGUCUUCCACCCUCCUCCACAGCUCAGCUGAGAAAUCUGCUGCUAAAGUGGGUCACAGCCAUAGUGGCUGAAUGAUGAGGAGGAGAGGUCUAAGCGCACAGGCACCACUGCAUUGUGACGUCCGGCUUUCACCUGGUUUACGCCGCAUGUGGAUUCCGUCUUCAUUUAAAGUUGAUUGGUGACGGUACCUGACCUGUACUGUUUUGCCGCAAUCUGUACUGCAAAAAUAGUUCACCUAAUUUAGGUUAGAAAGCGUAACGGACUGCAUGCAGUCGAGUAUAAUACGGUCUGUUAGUUCAGCGAAAAAUGAAAAUGACACUGUUUGAAAAUGCCGACCUGAAAUUGUCUGUCUGGUUUGUGGCAGGAGUCAAAAGUCAAAUUUAUUGGAUUUAAUGUUGUAAUUACUAUGUUUAUAGAAGGGAGGUAGUAUGCUGCAAAUUAGCUUGGCAGAAAACUGAUUUUUAAAUAUAUGAACAUAUGAACAAAAACAAACCGCUUUAAAACCAAGAUAAUACUGAUUGUUAGAUAUAUUUUUUCAAAGGCUGAGAUUAACCGAAAGUGGACACCCAUCCCAAAAUGACAUAUUCAGGGUACAUGCACUAUACAUACACUAUAUAACAUUAUGUUUAAUACUUGUGUCCCAACCUUUCAUGACACAUGUGCAGUGUAAGGGAGUGUUUCGCAGACCGGUCCUAGGUGACCCCAAGCAGUCCAUGUUUUUGCUCCCUCCCAGUUCCCAGGAAAAAAUGUGGCAAAAAUGUAAACUGUCUGACAGGGAGCAAAAAUGGGCACCAUUUGGGGGAUCCCCGAGGUACGGGUUGAGAAACACUGAUGUAAGGUAUGACCCGGGAUUAGGUACCAGGUCCAAAACCUAAGGAUGUAGCCCAUGGUUGCCCAAUGUUCCGGGGGCAGGGGGGGCGUGUUUGUACAUUUGUCCUCCAUCAUGUUUAAUCUCACUCCAAUUUACUGGUUACUUUGCUAAUUAUGCUAAACGUUCUUGAACUAAUUAAGGUGAGGCAAUGGCUUGAUGAGAGAUCCCAGCGCACACAGCCUGACAGAAAAUCUUUCGCACCAUUGCUGGGUUUUUCUGCAGUUUA